CUUUAGGGAGGGGGUUCUUGAAGGGUAAUCCACGCAAACAAUGAUGAAAGUGCGAAUCCGGAAGAUGAAACCUGCGAUUUCUGCAGAAACCUUCGCACCAGGCAUAGCGGGUAGAGAAUCUGGUCCGGCUAUUGAAGAUUUUACGACCUGUAGGCCCCAACUUGCACGUUGUUGUGUGGAGGUUGAUAUCUCUCACUUGCCUCCUGCAAAGAUUCACGUCCAACAUGGGGAGGAGGAUAUGCUCCUUGACUUCUACUAUGAAAACGUACCUUCUUAUUGCAUGGAUUGUGGGAAGAUUGGCCAUCCAAAGAAGAGGUGCCCACUAGGGCAAAACAGGCAAGAUGUAAGGCCUAAGGAUGUGAAGACAGAUACUGCAUGGCAAGUGGUUACUCGUAAGAAAGGGAAGGUCAAGAUGGUCAAGAAGCCAGAAAUGGUUUGGAAAGCAAAGCCUUAUCAAACUUCCAUGCAUCUUGUGCAGUGGUCUGAAGGUCCGAGUGAGUCUUCCAGGGUUAAAGAGGACUGCUUGGAAAUUAUUCCUUAUGAGGGCUGUUUAGAGGAACUCCCAGAAGAUGCAGAACCUGAUGUGGGUUUCUAUAUGGAUGGGGAUGAUAUUGAUUCAGUUUGCCAUUAUCUUGAAGAAUUUCCUUCUUUGGCUAGCCCCUCUCCAGAUCUGGUUGUAUCCUCUAAGCUUUCUAAAAGCUCAAAACCAAGGGAGCGUAGCCAUGCAAUGGAUUAUUACCUCUCCCUUCAUACUGUUAAUGAAAAGUCUCAGAUCCUUACUUGUGGAUUCAAGCAUGCUGCUUCCUCUUCAUCUGUUUGGAUUUCAAGCGUGUAUGGUUUGCAUACCACAUCUGAUAGAGAGGAUCUCUGGAUGUCUCUUAGAACUCUUUUUCCUAGGUCUGGUCCUUGGAUUGUUGGGGGUGACUUUAACACUCUCGCCUCUCUCUCAGAGCACAAAGGUGCUGUUUGUCCAGAUUUUGGAGGAAUAGGGGAUUUUGCUCAGGUUAUCUCUGAGUGUGAGCUAGUGGCUCCUCAUUUUCUUGGGAGUGAAUUCAUUUGGACUGUUUCUAAGGCAGAGGAAAGGCUGUUGAGGGCGGAAGAUACUCUAGAAAGGGAUGAUUGUGAAGAAAAUGUGGUGGCAUGUAAUUUGGCUAGGCCUUUGUUGCAACAGGCUCACAAAAAGGAGGAAAUGUUCUGGUCUCAGAAAGAAAAUGCUAGGUGGAUUUCUCAAGGGGAUGCCUCAACUGCAUUCUUUCAUUCUUUGGUCAAGGGAAGGAUAAAUAGGCUUUUCAUUUCUUCUCUAAAGAAUACAGUUGGCUGUAUGCUUUCCUCUCAAGAAAGAAUAGCUAAGGAGGUUGUUGCUCAUUUUACUAGGGUUUUUUCCACUGUUCAUGAGGGUGACAUGGGUGAGGUACUUAGUCAUAUUCCCUCCUUGCUCUCUGAGCAAGAUAAUGAUAUGCUUGGGAGGCUGCCAGAUGAGAAGGAGGUCAGAAAGACUAUUUGGGCUUUGAAUGCAAAUAGUGCUGCUGGUGCUGAUGGGUUUAAUGGCUUCUUCUUCAGACAGAUCCUUUCCAGGAUACUCAGUGAUAGACUGAAGAGAGUCCUUCCCACUCUUAUCUCCCCAGAGCAGGCUGCUUUUCAGCAAGGAAAAAGUAUUAAUAAACAUGUUUUGAUGGUUAAAGAGAUGGUGCAUUUUCUAUCUGCAAAUACUAGAGGUGGAAAUUGUAUCAUCAAGCUUGAUCUGUCUAAGGCUUUUGACAACAUAUCUUGGAGUUAUUUGGAGCAGGUUUUGAUAAAAUUUGGAUUUUCCCCGAGGAUUAUGCAGCUUCUAAUGGGAAAUCUGAGAUCCACCUUUUUUUCUGUCCUUGUGAAUGGUCAGUCCAAGGGUUUUUUCCCCAUGCAGUGUGGUGUUAAGCAGGGUGAUCCCUUGUCGCCUCUUUUGUUCAUUUUAGCUAUGGAGGGGUUUACCAGAUACUUUAAUCAUCUUGCUAACACUGGAAGGAUCAGCUGUUUCUCAUCUGGCAGGAUAGUGGCUCCAAGUCAUUUGUUGUAUGCUGAUGAUAUAGUCAUUUUCACCAGAGCUGAUUGUAGGAAUCUCUUGAGGCUAAAGGCAGCUCUUUCCACUUUUGGGAUGGCAUCUGGGAGAUCUCUGGUCUUUGAAAAGCUUAUGCAGAUGCUGCCAAGGCUCCCUUUUCAGCUGCCCCUCUCUCUUUGCAGCAGGCAUUGUUGGAGUACCACUCAUCUCCACGUUACCAAAGCUGUCCAAGAAUAUUUCAUUGGAGUCCCCAUCCCUCAAGUUUUUGGCAGUACCACCAUCACACUCCUCCCUAAGAAGGACACCUGCACUAGCUUUGAUGACUAUAAGCCAAUAUCUCUCUCUACAUUCUUUAGCAAGAUCAUUACCAAGAUCCUUAGUGACAGACUCAAACUCUUACUUCAUAAACUCAUUCCUGAAGAGCAGGCAGCCUAUCAGACAGCCUAUCAGACAGGUAAGGGUAUUGAAGAACAUAUUUUACUUACUAAGGAGAUGGUUCACAUGUUAGCCUCUGGCUAUAGAGAGAGCAAUAUCAUUAUUAAGUUGGAUCUCUGCAAAGCUUUUGAUACCUUCAGUUGGGAGUUUCUGGAAACCAUUCUCUCUAAGUUUGGUUUCACCCAGCAUAGUCUUCUUAUGCUUAUGGGUGUUCUCAAAGGCACUUGGUUCUCCAUACUAGUAAAUGGGCUUCCCAGGGGGUUUUUUCCAAUGAAAUCUGGAGUUAAGCAAGGAGAUGCCCUUUCUCCUUUGCUUUUCAUUAUUGCUUUGGAAGGUCUCAGCCAAGAGAUAAAACACCAAAUGAAUAUGGGUUUUAUCAAGCCCUUCCACACAGGUCUCAUUAAAUCUCCCUCUCAUCUUUUGUAUGCAGAUGACUUGAUUAUUUUUACAAAUGGCGAAAGCAGGAAUCUUCUCAAGAUCCAACAUAUCCUUUCAACCUUCAUGCUAACCUCUGGUCAAAGUAUUAAUCUCUCCAAAUCCCAGAUCAUUGUUCAUCCAAAGCUGUCUAGAGACAGAAGAUCCCUUAUUUCCAGUAUUACAAACAUUAAAACAUCCUCUGGCAGGUAUGUCCUUAUCAAGCAUGUGCUCUCAGCUAUUCCAAUGCAUACACUACUGGUCCAGGAUCUUCCCAAAUCUGUCAUCACCAGUCUCAACAAAAUGAUGGCAAAUUUCUUAUGGGGCAGUAGGGAGACAAAGAACAAACAUCACUGGAGGAAAUGGGCAGACCUUUGUUACUCCCUGGAGGAAAGAGGUCUUGGGUUCAAGAGCAUUGAAGAUCUUCAGGCAGCAGCUGCACUUCAAAUGUGGUGGAAAGUACAACAAGGAGGCUACAACUUGGGAAGAAACUACCAUCCUAUCUCCCACCUUGCUUUUGCCGAUGAUCUUAUUCUUUUCACUAAUGGCUAUGGUCCUAAUCUUAAACAAGUUCACAACUUCAUGAGGAACUAUGAAAGAAGGAAAGUAACCGGCGCAUCCAUGAAAACAGCAGCAAAGAGUCGGGGAGACUACUUCAAGACUGUAUUGCCCAAGUACAGGAGUGGGUUCUUGGAAGGGCUCCUUCAAAGCUUAAGUACUUUGACGCUUGGAGACUUCCUCCUGAACUUAUGCUCUCGCAGCAAAGGAACCCCUCCCUUAGAGUCCAUAGGUGGACCAACACCUCGGACAGCGGAUUACACCUCUCCACAGAUGUUGCAAUCAAUCAAAAUUACGGGGUGGCUAGUACAGUUUUACGCAGAGGAAAUGGCACUUUCAUUGCAGCGGGAACAUGGAAGAUUGAAGAAACAUCUGCCUUAUAAGACAAACGACAGUCCAUCGCUGUCCGCUGCUGGAUCAAGCCCGUCUUCCGCCGGACCAUCUUCCUCGACCGUCGACAUGGAAGAUGCAGAGGAAAAUCUCAUCAGAAAGAUCUUCGAUGAGGAGGAGAAGAUCCCUACGAAGGGAAAUUCUUACUUACUCAAGAACGCAGACACACCCAGAUUAAUUAUCACCCAAGUCAAACUAAACGGUGAUAAUGAUGAAGAAUGGGCCCGUGCAAUGAGAAUUGCAUUCCGUGCAAAACGGAAAAUUGGAUUCAUUGACGGAUCCAUCCCUUGUCCAGAAGAGGGAGAUGAAAAUUAUGAAGAAUGGUGGAUUGUAAAUGUCAUGCUGGUCUCAUGGAUUUACAAUACCAUUGCCAGUAGUCUGAGAAACUCUAUCACACAAGUGGAGGUAGCUGUAGAACUAUGGAAAGAUAUCCAAGAUUGUUUCUGUUGGGAAAAAUAUCAUAGAUUUUGAUGAUGAUGUAUUUAGAAUGUAAUAGGGACUUUAGGUCUCCCUAGAUAUUCAAUUUAAUUUUUCCUUUAGAAAUAUUGUUAAAACCAAGUUCUUGAGAUUUCCAAUAAAGUGUUGAUAUUUCUUUAAGCGGUUUGAUUCCUGAAGACUUAAUCAAAUUCAGGAAUUUGG